AUGGAAGAAGCGCCGCCGACGUCCAUUCUCGUCAUCGGCUCGGGAGUCUUUGGCCUCAGCACGGCAUGGGCACUGACCAAGCGGCAGCUGUUCGCCAAGACGGCCAUCACUGUUGUUGAUAAUGCUCGGGGAGAGUUCCCUCCCAGGGAUUCCGCAAGCGUCGACUCGUCGAGGAUCAUCAGAGCGGACUACGCCGACCCCCACUACACGGCACUGGCAACACUGGCGCAGCAAGAAUGGAGAAGGCAGGGAGCGGAUGAGCUCGGCGGUCAGGGACGUUAUACGGAGUCUGGAUUCGUGCUGACGGCCAACUUGCCGAUGGACGUUCCGGCGGGGACAAAGUCGAGCAUGGACUAUACCAGGGAGAGCUGGGAGAACGUCGUCGAUUACGCGGCAAAGGAGGGGCUUCCGACGGAGAGCAUCCAGAGGCUCGAGAGCAGGGAGGCGGUGAAGGAGCUUCUGACGGUCGAUGGCCACUGCGGCGACUGGGGUUAUCUCAACAAACUAUCCGGCUGGGCGGAUGCCGGAAAAGGCAUGAAAUGGCUCUACGACCGUGUCAUGGAGACGAACCGUGUUCGAUUUGUCGACGGCCAAGUUAUGAAGCUCGAGACGGUGGGCGACAAAGUGGUGGGCGCCCAGCUGUCCGACGGCGUCGUCGUGCGAGGCGACGUGGUCCUCGUCGCCGCGGGUGCUUGGACGGGCGAGCUUAUCGAUCUUCGGGGGCGAGUGGAAGCGACGGGUCACGCGUUGGCAUACGUGGAUAUCGCAGAGGAUGAACUUGCGGUGCUGGCGAAGCAGCCUGUCGUCCUCAACCUCUCCUCCGGACUCUUCAUCAUCCCCCCGCGGGACAGGGUGCUCAAGGUCGCCCGACACGGUUUCGGCUAUCUCAACCCGGAACUCGUGACGAAUGCGUUGCCUCCGUCCCCUUCCUCGGAGCGCAAACCAUUCGUGACGUCUCGGCCGGUGACGGAACGGAAUGGCGGCGCCCAAGGGCUCCCGGAGGAAGCCGACGUCGACCUCCGUCGCGGGCUCAAGGACCUCUCGCCCGUCAAAGGGCUCGAAACUCGACCGUGGAAGGAGACGAGGCUCUGCUGGUACUCGGACACUGCUGACGGGGACUGGCUCGUGGACUGGCACCCAGGCUGGAAGGGCCUCUUCAUCGCGACAGGAGAUAGCGGUCACGGAUUCAAGUUCCUUCCCGUUGUCGGCGAGAGGAUCGUCGAUUGCAUGCUGGGUAGCGGCGGAGAGCUGGGGAGGAAAUGGAAAUGGAAAGAUGUUGACGACGACGGCGUCGGCCACUAUGUGAACGGCGGGUACAAUGGAUUGAUGACGAGAGAUGGCAGCAGAGGGGGACAUGCAGGAAUGAUAUUGAGAGAGGAGCGGGAGAAGAAGUAG